AUGGAAGCUCAGACCCCAUAUCUACGUCUCCUAGCUCCUGGCUCCAAUGCUCGUGGUCAGCUAUCCAAUGGUUCUGACGACGAUUCACAUACUUUCAGAGAAUGCCGCUUCAUAAGCUGCAUAGAGGGCACGCUUCUUCCCAAUACGCUCGGGAUCUUGCAGUUUGCGAUUGGAGCAAACCGCACUCUCGCAUUGUUGGAAUUUCGUGAUGGCCGAAGGGAGCUUUGGGGCACGCACCCGAACAAAACUUAUGCUUCCCAAAGAUAUGCCCGUUGUCUUAUCGCUACUGCUCAGGAGAUGCCAUAUCUUGUUUUGAAAUCACCUUCCCGACUAGACGUGGUUAUCUCGAUAGGUUCAAACGACUUUGGGGUACUCGGCAUAGGCACAAGACGGGCUAUGGCAACUCCAGCAGUCAUUUUAUUUGAUCACCUCACUAUCGAGGGACGCUUUAUCAAUCCCAGUGAGCUCAUUGUCGAGUCCAUUGUUGCAAGACCUCGUCAUGUCGUACUUCAUGUGCGAACCGUUCUCAAUAAUGAGCAUGCGCUCAUUGGCUGGGAUUUGGCCAGACAUAGCCAACUAGGGGACACGAAGAUCGUGAACUAUGACGGCCCUCAUAUCGUUUCCCUCAAUAUACCUCUACACCGGUGCAGAUACGUUCUCUCGGUGUCCAACACACCGUAA